AUGCCACUGGCUAGGCGCAUUCGCACUUCGCCCGGCUACUUGUACGUCAAGCUGUACCUCCUCUGCAGCCUCGUCUCCUUCUCUCAGGCCAGACCCAUCACGCGUCACUUGGAUCACAAGCAGCUGCAGCGCUUUCAUCGAUUGUGGAGCUUGCUGCCAGGUCACGUGGCUGAGCGAGAAGCAGAAGCAGCUGGUAGAGAUGCUCGAAAGGCUCUGUCAGGGCGUGACAAGCCGCCUUGGUUGGACGACCACUCGUCUGCAGGACCCAUUGUGCCGAAGAAGCCCACAACGGCAGCAACAGAAAGGAUGCCAGCCUCCGCAUCCCCCGCUUCGCCCACGUCCGCGCCCUCUUCGCACCACACCCUUGCUGCUUUGGCCAGAGCUGCGAGGAGGGGCGAUCGACCAUUUCGAAUCCCAUUUGCUCUCAAAUCCCUUGCCCCAGACUCUGCACCGUACGCAGCCCUCAUCAAGGCCUUUCGCCGUGCAGAGUCCAGUUUGACCCACACGAACGCAGCCUCUCUGGCCAAGUUUUACGCUUCCAUGCUGAACAGACCCAGGGGUACGGGAGAGCGCAUAGCUAGCGUGUUGGCAGAGGCCGCCAGGCUCCCACGCCGGUGGUUUGAUCGAGCCAAAGAUCUGGCAGAGAUUCGAGGGCGCAUCCAAGAAGAGGAGAUCGACGUGAAGCGGUGGCCAGAGUUGCAGUGGGACAGUCACGUGCGCGUCUCUCGUCGAAUGCACCCCAUCGAGUCUCGCUUCUUGCGACAGCGUCGCCGUGCCGUUGCGCAAAGUGGAUCUCUGUCCCGUCUUCUCGACUUGCCCAAAGACGAGGUCGUGCAUCCCAAAGAUGUCCCGCUAAUAGGCAUUGGCGGAUCAGGCGGAGGUUACAGAGCCAAAUUCGGCUUCACUGCUGGCCUGCUCGCCCUGCAGCGAGGCGGCGUCUGGGACUGCGCAGCGUGGAGCGCUGGUGUCAGUGGCAGCUGCUGGACGCUUGCAGCGCUCUACACGAUCGCUUCGCACGACGCGCAAAAGCUGCUGGCACACUAUACAGCAGUAGCGAGCGAAGGCUUUCAUCCCCUUAGUCGCCAAGCACUCGACGUCGUUGCUCGGUCCAAGCGCGGGACGUACUUUCUGCUUGCCCCUCUGAUCGCCAAGGCGAGGAGCGGAGUGGUCGGUCUUGGCUUGAUGGACCUUUAUGCGACCAUGACGACUAGCUACCAAUUCCUUUCGCGGUCACCGCAAGCCAGACCUCGUCUGAGCCGAUCGACAUUCCAGUGGUCCAGAGUCUUUUCUCGCUCGGCGCUACACGACGGUGCGCAACCUAUGCCCAUCCUCACUGCAGUUCGGAGAGACUUGGCUGUCCAGACACCACCUUACCAAUGGUGGGAGGCAACGCCCAUAGAGAUCGGGUCGCCUGAGAAAGGAGCGUGGAUUCCAUCAUGGAGUUUCGGUAGAAUUUUUGAGAGAGGCGAGUGCAAGCGCAGACUACCCGAGAUGAGCCUUGCCCUGCUGCUGGGAUACUGCACGAGUGCUCCCGCAGGUCCAUUGAGCGGAUACAUUUCUGCGCUAUUGGCAACGCUGCCCGAGGAAACGCUGGCUCGGAACCUUCUAUCGCGGCUCAAUGCCUUUGUGCAACGGCAACGCUUUGAAAAGAUGUGGGGCAACCCGAUCAGAGCGGCCGACGAACCGAACCCCCUCUGGCGAGGUCGAGCACCGCCGAAGCUGGGCGCAGGAGAGUGCGCCGCGACUGCGCUUGAAAAUGCACCGCGGCUAAAGCUGAUGGAUAGCGGUCUUGCCAACAACCUUCCUUCGCACAUCUUUUCCAUGCCUUCUAGGCUGGCAGAUGUGAUCGUUGCCAUGGACUAUUCGUCUGACGUGCAGACUGGAGCCUCGCUUGCCCGCCUCUCGCUCUUUGGUGUGGAGAGGGGCUUGCACUUGGUCAAGCGUCCAGGACUCGCGGAAAAGACGGAAGAAGAGCUGGAAGAAACGAGAUGCGCGAGAGGUAGUCUAGAUGCUUCUCCAACCUCUACCGACUUUGCACGGAGCUUCAAGGCCAAGUAUGCUCAGAUUGUGGAUGCAUGGCCGGCUAAUGAGGAGCAUCCGGCGGGACUGCACGAGGCGCCCAGCGACGUUGCUUUACCUGGAAAGGAUAAGCAGAGCCACACAAUCGUGUAUUGCCCAUUGCUGCCGCAUGCGUGCCAGCCACAUUUCGAUCCAGCAAAUUCUGAAUUCAGCAACUCGUACAAUCUCGUGUGGACUGCGGAGCAAGUCGGGACGCUUGCGCGCACGGCGCAAGCGUGCGUGGAAGAGGAAGUGAUCGGUGCUGUUAGAGUAGUUGUGCGCGAGCACUACGAGCGCCGGAAAGCCGCCCGAUUGGAAUUGGCGCGCAAUGCGAUGCGGUGA